GUUAGUUGCAGUUGAAGUUGCAUCCAAAAUCGCAUGCUAUAGUACUAAAGAGUAUGAAAAUUAUACGUUCGCAUUGAUCGGCAUAGAUACAGUAGGUGGCGCAUAAUUCCUGCACACUCCGUAGUGCGCUAGUAUGCGGAUUCGGACAGAGCCACAAGAGAGUUGUCAGACUCCUGAUUGCGUCACUGAGUUCAGACGAGCAGUCUAGCAGCGGCCAUCUUAUUUCCACCAAAACUUCAGCAGUAGAGAAAACACUGGCUGCUCAUUUCCUAGCACACGAAAUGCUCAUGCUGUGGACAACGAUGGACCAUUAAACCUCAUAUCCAGGCAGGCACUUCGGCUACAGCUCUAAAGAACAGGAAAUCCCAGGGAUCUCUGUGUUUAUCAGAGACAACAGGGGUUGGCUGUGAGCUUGCUGAUUUGUGCGGAUCUCCAGGGAGUCCCUCAACUCCUCCCGGAGGAGACAUGAAUGCCCAGGGAGAAGCUGGCGCAGGGGGGCUGUUGGUACCCAGUCCUCAGAGCGAGGCGGUGACCCACGAGAUGGAGGAACUGUCCCUGCAGCCCAGCCAGAACCUACCACCUCUUAACGAGCGCAAGAACGUCCUUCAGUUGCGGCUGCAGCAGCGACGCACUCGGGAGCAGCUCGUUGACCAGGGCAUCAUGCCACCACUCAAGAGCCCAGCGGCGUUCCAUGAACAGAUCCGCAGUCUGGAGAGAGCCAGGACAGAGAAUUUCCUAAAGCACAAGAUUCGGAGUCGUCCAGAAAGGGCUGAGCUGGUCCGCAUGCACAUCUUGCAAGAGACUGUGGCAGAGCCAUCACUGCAGGCUACGCAGCUGAAGCUGAAGAGAGCUCGACUGGCUGAUGAUCUCAAUGAGAAGAUUGCACAGCGUCCUGGCCCCAUGGAGUUGGUGGAGAAAAACAUCCUGCCUGUCGCAUCCAGUCUCAAAGAGGCUAUCAUUGAUGGCCAGAUGCAUUACCCCAAAACACAGGAGUUUGAUGAGGACAGCAGCGAUGCGUUCUCUCCGGAGCAGCCAGGCAGUCAGGAGUCACACGGAUCUGUACCUUCACCUGGGGAGUCCAAGGCCAUGGAGGCCUCCUCACCACUACCGACUAAUUUAAUACCGCACUGCCCUCCUGUCACACAGGUUACAGAUUUUCUCAAGCCUUAUUCCACCAGUGAGCAGACAGUCAGCCCUCCAGCUCCACAGCCUCAACCAAUCACUACACCUCCCUCCAAGUCUGUGCUUUCUCUCAUCAAGCAAAGUCAGCCUAAGACUGCUAGUGACAAGAGUCGUAGUAAGAAAAACAAAGAAGCCAAACCACGAGUGAAAAAGCUAAAGUAUCACCAGUACAUUCCUCCAGAUCAGAAACAAGAGCCCAGUGAAGCCCCUAUGGAUUCUUCUUAUGCCCGUUUACUGCAGCAGCAGCAGCUCUUCUUGCAGCUGCAGAUCCUCAGUCAGCAACAACAGCAGCACUACAACUACCAGACCAUUCUCCCAGCUCCCCUCAAGCCUGUGAUUGAGGGGCAGAACAGCAGUGCUACUGUUGCCAUUAACAGUGCCCAAAGUCUUCCUGCCUCCAUUGUGGUGUCUCUGCCUCCAGCUGCACUGGUGCGCCCAAAUAGCACCCUGUCAAACCGCAAAGCUGGCACACUGCCAGCCAACCUGGAGGAGAUGAAGGUGGCUGAACUAAAAAUGGAGUUAAAGCUGCGUGGGCUGCCUGUGUCUGGAACCAAAACAGACCUGAUUGAACGGCUUAAGCCUUACCAGGAGAGCUCUGCAUCCAUUCCCAACGCCAAUCUUAACGCACAGACCUGCGGCACAUCCAUGGAGGUGUCCAGCACCACUACAUGCCUGUCACCUGCACAGCAGCCCCCUGAGACCCAGAGCUCCACACCGCCUGUAUCCCCUACAUCCUCCGAAGUGCACAAUAGAGAGGAUGCUAUGGAGGGUCAGCUGGAGACCCACUGCCAAAGCAGGGGUGGUAGUGGCCAGCCAGCAGCUAUUCCUGAGGAGCAGGACAGGAGGCUACACGAGAAACAGCGUCAGAUUGAGGAGCUGCUAAGGAAGCUGGAACAGGAACAGAGGCUGGUGGAGAAGCUGAAGAUGCAGCUAGAGGUAGAGAAGAGGAGUGCACAGAACUCCACAGAAAGUAACAGCAGCAUCAGUCAAGCUGCUUCACUGCUCACAGUAAAGACAGAGAGCCCAGUUAUCCCGAAUUGCACACUGGCCUCACGUAGCACUCCAUCUGUAGUGAAGCUGGAGAAAAGCCACGCUGCCCCAGUGACAGCCACCCCUCUACCACAGUUCUUCAUCAGUCACCAGGGCAUGUCUCAGGUCAUCGGGCAGCCCCAGACCCUGCUCACCACACAGCAUACGGGUACCCAGAUCCUGCUGCCAGUCUCUCUACCCAACAACACCACUACAAUCCAGCUCACUAAUACGAAUGUCAAACUACAGCCAGUCCUCCAAGCAGCUGUCUCUCCUCAAGGCCAAGGACUAAUCCAGACCACUCAGCUGCAUCCUGCCAAAGCAGAGAGUUCCUCGCCACAGCCUGUCCAUCACAACAAUAUAGUGCAGACCCUGCCUAUGUGUAGCUCUGCUGGGACUGCUUUUCAAUUUGGUGCCAGUGAGAAGCAGGCAGGUCUAGAGAUGCCUCGCUGUUUCCCGAGCAGCUCCCCAGAGAAUGCACUGUCUGCUCAGACUUCCCCAGUUGCGUCCUCCCUCACCAACGGCCCCCUAAAUAAGUCCCCCUCUCAGGUCUCGCCUGCCUUCAUCCUGCCAUCUCCAGCAUUCAGUCAUGCCCCCAAGAGCCGAGAGCCACCUCCCUACGAGGAUGCUGUUAAACAGACGCGCAGCCUGCAAGCAGCCGCCAUCACACAGUUCCCGACAGCGACCAGUCAGCAAAUGGAUGAUCUGUUUGAUAUUCUCAUUGAAAGUGGAGAGAUCACCCCUUUCAGUCAGCAGGAGCCUUCUGUGCCUAAGCUGAUGCCAGUCACCGCCAGCAUCACCACUUUACCUGUCAACACUGCCCUGUCUCGGCCCCCUGCUCAGGUGCAGAUGGCACCGCCGCCGGCGCUGCUGGUGGAGCCCAUGCCCAGCCUGGCCUCGCUGGCCUCAGACAACCAGCUGGAGGCACUGCUGGAGGGCACGCUGGGGUGCGAGGGUGAGCCAGAGCACAGGACUCUGGGGCUUCUAGAAGAGCUGCACAGCCAGCUGCUGGACCAACCCCACUCCCCUAUGGACACAUCUGAGUUGAGCUUCAACGAGCCAUCUGCGCCGUUGUCCUCCACCUCCUCCUUCAGCCUGCAGGACACGGGCAUGGACAGCAUGGAGUGGCUGGACCUGACCAUGCCAAGGCCCAUCGGACCCCUCGACCCACUGGGGAUCGGCUCCGAUUUCCUUGACGCACAUGACCUGCAUCUGCACUGGGACUGAGAGCACUGUACACACUCAUUCUCUCUUGUGAGCGUACACACACACACACACACACACACACACACACAAACUACUAUGAUUGGGCUUUUUCAAAAGAGAGGGAGGAGAGAUUAGUUUAUUCAAAGCAGAGCACAGAUUCGCUCAGUAGAUGAUGUGAGAGGUUUCCUCUGCUCUUGUCCUGUAGUGCACUGCGGUUUGUCUCAUUCAUCAUUCAGACUAAUGUCCUAAUAUGGCGCUACGGGAACAAGGGGCCAUCCAUGUGCUACUUCUGGUGCAGGCUACAUUCUCUUUUCUGUGCCAUCUAAAGUGGGAACACAUCUUUCACAACAUGAUCCCGUAUACUGUUCUCUUCAUAGUCAUGUGCCAUUGACUCAGUUGUUCUCUGCGCAGUCUAGAAAUACCUUUGUGGCCAAUUUUAACUAAUUUGAAUCGGGACACAAUCCUAUUAAAGAUAUUUUGACUCCACAUUAGACAGUAACCAUUGGAUUAGUCAGAUUAGUGCACUGACACCCAUUAUUCUAUUGGUCCUCAAAGAAAAACAUGGAUUGCUUAUCCCAUAAACUCAAAUUCACCUGUUUUUACUAGGCACCCUGUGUAUUUCAAUCGGGUAAAUCAGUGGGUAGAUUUCUGCAUCUACCAUGCUCAGUCUGACAACGGUUCCUCACAAAACUGUUCUGUUGUAUCAGGCCAUUCUUGUGUGUAUGCGCAGGAGGGUGUGUGUGUGUGUGUGUGUGAGAAACUGAGCGUGUCAGACACUUGACGUCAAUAAGAACAUAUGAGGAAUGUUGCCUGGUUGGCAAGGCCAGUGCUCUAACAACUACAGAGCUUGUGUGUACCAUAUAGUGAAGAUACAACUAUAAUGUAUAAUGCCACGCAGGAUGGUGUAAAUAUUCGUUUGGGGUAUGGAACAACCCUCAAUAAGAUGCAGUGCUCUUUUAAUGAGCAUGCGGGUAUCCGACACUAGUCCUGGAGGUCACAGCCCUUCAGUGAUCUAUAUAUAUUUUCUCUCUUCAGACCAAAUUCAGCUCACGAAGGCCCUGCUGAUUAGCUGAGGAGUUGAAUCAGGUGUUCAAUGCGGUAGAUUUAAAGAAGAACUCUUCAGUGCUGUCGCACUCUAUGACAGGAUACUGCUAUAGGAAAUGAACAAAAUUGACAGCUGACACUAAGAGCAGUGGGUGUGGUGUUCAUGCAGCCUGAAAGGGCACUAUAACUUAUAUAGACUUGUUCUUCUUAUUUACACAGGGUUUGGUAAAUGUAGACUCUUUGUGCAACUCUUUGUGCCUCUGAUUUUCUUUCUUUUUGAGUUUUCAGAUGCACCUGGGCCUGGAUGAGUGCUUGGGCUCUGUAAAGCUUCACACUGUUAAGGCUAUUUUAACUGUUAGCCAGAGGUCCAGGUGACGCCAUUAGUGUUUAAGAUAUUCAUGCGCCAUAUUUUGCUAUCAUUAACACUGCAUGUUAAACAUUUUUGGCAGCUUAGUGGCAGUUUAGUAGGAAAGAAAAGGAUACAUUCUGGUUUGUUGAUUUCCUCUGCAGUAGUGGUUUCACAUGUUUAUUCCUUCACAAACUCAGCAAUGACCAUUUUUAGAUCCUGUAAGGCCAUCCGUUUGGUCUGCAUUUUUUUUUUUGAUGACGUCUCUCUGUCCUUUUGUCUGUGCCACAUUUAUUGUCUUUGUCUUGUGUGUGUGUGUGCGUGCGCACUGUCUGAUGCGUCUGUGUUUCACUGUUUGUUAAUGUAUUACUGUGCCGCCAUUUUAAUACUGCUCUGCGCACAGUAAAAAGAGCAAAAAACAAACAAACUUGGCAGCCUAAAUGAAAACAUGUAUGUGAUUUUAAAGAAAAGAAGAAAUACCUCGGCAGCAUGCGACUACAAGUGAUUCUGUGAUCUGUGUGAUUUUUUUUUUUUAAUCAGCUAAAACACUUUCCGUACAAUUAUUUGAUUUGAGUUCGGUUGCAAAUCGCACUUGCUUCUCAAGCAGUUCGCCGGGUUCAUCUCUGAGACCAAACUCUGUUUAUUGAGUUGUGUUUAUCUAGAGUGGUCUCACUUGUACAGGAAUGUUAGCGUAUAGUUUGAUGUUUUCACCAGCUCUAAGAGAAAUGCCUUUUUUUUAAAUUUUAUUUGAAGUUUUACAUCUUGUCCGGAUCAAUGACUCCUCAGUGUUAACCGACCUCUGGCUCAACAAUGUGUCUGAAGCUAGUAACAGUACGUUUGAUCCAAAUUUGCUUUAAAUAUGUCGGUUUGUGGAAUUACUUUUUGUAUGGCACUUUUACCUGCAGUGAUGAAUGUUUCAUCCUGAUUAAACAAUCAUUUUGCAUUAGA